AACGAAAAUAAAACACUUGUCUGUCUCCGUUCCAAUCAUCCUGGACCUGGAGUAUUCUCAUACAAUUCAACCACAUGAGGAAGUGAAGUAGAAGAUCAAGAACAGCGCUGGCCUAAUUGUUAAUGCAUAGUGUCCUUAUUAUUGUUUGGUAUAGCUAAACGUUGGCAGGCGUAGUGAAUCUAGUGAUGAGGGGUGGUGGGGUUGCAGUCUGCACCACCACGUGCGAAUAUAGCAGGCUCCAUGCCUGUAGUGGGGGCCUGCUUUCUUUUCCCAGAACCAAUCCCAUCAUUGCUUCAAAACCACAGCCCCUCAUUGGCCGCAAUAGGAGCAUUCCUCUUUUUACCCCGUUGAGAGUGAGUGGCAGUAGAGGCGGCGGACGUCCGAGGAUGAUGACCAUGAACGUGGCGGCAACUGACACUUUGCAGAAAGGGAUAGCGGAAUUCUACGACGAGUCAUCGGGAGUAUGGGAGGACAUAUGGGGGGACCACAUGCACCAUGGGUUUUACGAGCCGGGCUCCGACGUCUCCCUCUCCGAUCACCGCGCUGCCCAGAUCCGCAUGAUUGAGGAGUCCCUCCGUUUCGCUUCUCUCUCUGAUGAUUCAGUGCAGAAACCUAGAAAUAUUGUUGAUGUUGGAUGUGGUAUAGGAGGCAGUUCAAGGUACCUGGCAAGAAAAUAUGGGGCCAAAUGCAAUGGCAUCACACUCAGCCCUGUUCAAGCACAGAGAGCUCAAGAACUUGCUGCUGCUCAAGGAUUGGAUGGCAAGGUUUCCUUUCAAGUUGCCGAUGCAUUGAAUCAACCAUUUCCAGAUGGAGAAUUUGAUUUGGUUUGGUCCAUGGAGAGUGGAGAACACAUGCCAGACAAGACAAAGUUUGUCAAUGAGCUGGCUCGAGUGGCUGCUCCUGGUGGGAGAAUAAUUAUAGUUACAUGGUGUCAUAGGGAUCUCUCUCCUUCUGAAGAAUCCCUGCGCCCAGAGGAGAAACAACUCCUAAAGAAAAUAUGUGAUGCUUAUUAUCUUCCUGCAUGGUGUUCUACUGCUGACUAUGUCAAAUUACUCCAGUCCCUCUCUCUUGAGGAUAUUAAGGCUGCAGACUGGUCUCAGUAUGUUGCUCCAUUUUGGCCGGCAGUGAUAAAAUCAGCGUUAUCAUGGAAGGGCAUCACCUCAUUGUUUAGAACUGGAUGGAAAACAAUAAGGGGAGCGCUGGUCAUGCCACUGAUGAUCGAAGGAUAUAAGAAGGGUGUAAUCAAGUUUGCCAUCAUUACAUGCCGGAAACCUGCAUCAUGAGUGAAAUACAGGGACUUGCUGAAUUUAGUUUGGCUUUGCUAGUUUUUACACGCCUCAAUUUCUCAAUUUUCUGUACGAUGAGCUAAUAAUAACAGUGUUCAAAUCCAUGUGAGGUUCUUGGCAUGGUAGCAAGCUCGUUUAAUUGAGAACAUUUGAUAAAUGAAUGACAUUCAUCUUUCCUCAA